AUGACGGCGACAACAGCACCCGAAGCUGCACUUGGUGUUCUUCCACGGGCUGACGGGUCUGCUCGGUACUCGCAUGCCGGGUACACAGUAACAGCGUCGGUGAACGGGCCCAUCGAAGCCCAACGGAGGGAUGAGCAUCCAUAUGAGGCACAUGUCGAUGUCAUCGUACGACCGGCGGCAGGGGUAGGAGGAACCCGAGAGCGCCACCUUGAGUCUCUCUUGCAGUCUUCGCUCUCGCAGCUCAUUCUCGUCAAAAACUUCCCGCGCUGUCUCAUCCAAAUAGUCCUCCAGAUCGAGGACUCGCCCGAGAACGACUAUGCCAACACCAAGCUCGUUCAGGCCAGCCUAAACUUUGGCAUUAUGCCGGCUUUGUUCCAGACCUCCGUUCUAGCGCUUCUUUCGGCCGCAGUGCCCAUGAGAGCAACAGCCACCGCGACUGCUGUCGCGAUAGUGCUCCAGGACGGCACUAGGAAGAAAGUAAUCGACCCUUCCCCUAGGGAGAUCGAAGCAGCCAAAUCAGUCCAUGUACUGGCCUUCACCUCAAGAGACGAGCUACUUCUCGCAGAGAGCGAAGGAGACUUCACGGUCCGGGAGUGGGAUGAGGUUUGCGAAAUCGCCGAGAGGGUCUGCUGUCGGUCGACAGUGACCAAGGAAGGCAUCGAGAUGAUGCUGGACGACGAGGUUGCCGACGGUCCCGAUACGCGCCAUUUCCUUCGGUCGGCCGUGGAAGACAAAGUUGCUGCGGAUCUUCAUUGGAAGUAA